AAGAGUAACUUUCUUUUCCAUUAAAUCUAAUUGUUAUUCUCUCGUCGAAAUAGAAAAGUUAAUCAACCUUUGUGUCUAUUUUUCCUCCUCUCAAUUACUGUGAUUAAAAUCUAAUCUAAUUGUUAGCUGAUUGUUACCAGAGACUUGGACAUAACUGGUAACUUCUUAAACUAAAAUCAAUCAGAGAGAGAAAUUUAAAUUUUCAAAAUUCAUUAAUUUAGAGCCAAUCAGUUAAUCACAAUCAGUUGAUUUGGUUAUUCACCUUAACUCUUGAAAAUAUGUAAGCUUAAUUGUUGUGUUUACAUUACAAUCUAAGGGUAAAAAUGUGUAAUCUUUAAUUGCGAUUAAGUUGAUUGUUGAAGAGGCAAAUUAAUUAAGUUUUUCUCUUAUAUAACCAACUAAGGAGAUUCCAAAGUAAAUUAAGUUAAUUAAAUAGUCAAUUUGGCUUUUGUAUUAAAGACAAAAAUUGAUUUUCAACAAUUAAACAGUAAAUUAGAGAGAAAUCAAUUUGACAAUGGAAAUCAACUCAUCUAUGAUUAAAGUAAUUGUUACGACGGUUACAAUUGGAUUAGUUGGAACAUCAAUCGUUUACAUAAUUAGUAAAUUACGUUCAAAGAAAUUAACUAAACCAUUUAUUCCUGUUGGUGUUGUUAAAAAACUUUUAAUUUACCCAAUUAAAUCAUUAAAACCAAUUGAAUGUGAUCAAGUAAUUGUCAAACCUAACGAAGGACUUUAUUGUAAUCAAUUAAGAGACAGAUCAUUUCUCCUUGUUAAUUGUAAAAAUAUUUUCAUCACUCAAAGAGCUCAACCUAAAUUAGUCCUUUUGGAUUUACAAUUAAUUGACAACAAUGAAACAAUUAAGGUAACCUCACCUGAUGGAGAUUCAAUAACAAUACCAUUAACAAUUGACAAGAACACAAUUAAUAAUUUAGAAAUUGUCGAAACCAAAGUUUGGGAUGAUAAAGUUGAAGGAAUUGAUUGUGGACCAGAAAUUAGUAAAUUUUUCUCUAAUUAUCUUGGUAAACUAAAUGUCCGAUUAUUGAGAUUUGAUAAAGAUCUAAUUGACCAUCGUCCAGCUCAAGUCUAUUCCAAUUAUAAGAUAACUAAAGAUCCAACAAUUAAAAUUAUGUAUCAAGAUCAAGCUCCGGUUUUAAUCAUCAACGAUAAAUCAGUUGAAACUUUAAAUCAACUUCUAACUGAGGGAUCAAUUAGUUAUCUUAAUUUCCGACCCAAUAUAUUGAUUGAAGCUCAAUCAUUUGAUGAAGAUAAUUGGGAAAAGUUAAUCAUUGGAAAAACUAAAUGGCAACAAUUAAAAAAAUGUACUCGAUGUGUGAUGACAACAAUUAAUAUCGAUGAUGGUACUUUCAUGAAGGAACCAAUGAUUACAUUGAAAAAAUACCGUAACCCAAUGGGUGAAGAUUCUGGUUAUCAUUCACCAUUAAUGGGAAUCCAUGUAAACCCAGAAAAAAAUGGAACAAUUAAAAUUGGUGAUUCUGUUUUGGCUUCUCAUAAAUUGUAACAAUCAACUGAUCAUUUCUCAAUGUUACCAUAGAUUUUUUUAACUGUUAACAAUUUAGAGAAGCAAUUGAUUGUAUCCUUGGCAAUUAAUCAAGAUUUAAGAGAUGAUAUCACAAUUUAAAUGUGUUCACUUUACCAAAGAUUUGUAUCAAUUACUAAUACCCUUUUCUUAAUUGUAAACAUUGAUAAUUAAAUCAGAUUUGAUUUUUAUACUUCA